AUGGAUAGCCAUACAAAUACACUGUCCCUUACCUAUGCAAGCUGGCGGAAUGAACUCGAUAUUUUAGCGAAUUUAGCCCGCACAAUGCGAGGGUUUGUCCAAACCUACGCCACCCCCGGUCCACAUUCCUCCUCCUUAUCCUGGCUUCUGACGUUUGUGCGGGAUCCGGCGGAGGUGGAUUUAUCCGAGGUGGACCUCACGCGGGAUCCCCCUUUUCAGCCCUCGUUGGUUCCUUUUCCGGCCUGCGAGGGAGGGAUGGACGGCGGGGCGAUUCUUCAUUUGAUUUUUGCCCGCGUGGAUCUUCUUCUUCUGCGGAUUCGCCAAACCACGCGGCUUUCGAAAUCCCCCAAUGCGCGCGUCUGCGAGGCCCAGACGCUCGAAUUCCGCGCGAGGCUGAACCACGAGGCGGGCGACUGCCUUCGCGAGGUGGGGGAUUUUGUUUGGGGGGAGGGCCCUUCCUCCCCGGGCCCCGGAUUUCAGUUGACGAUGCUGACGUUUAUUCAAAAAAAUUAUAUGCCCUCUUCGGUGGGGGGAAAAAUGGGUGCGCUGGGGCGGAUUCCCCACGAUUGUCGAAACCCCGCGGCGAUGGAUUAUCCGGGAAAAAAGCCCGACCACCCCUCCUUUUUUUCCCCCGAGGAGGCGGAGGACGGGAGGGAAUUUCGCCGUGUUUUCCGCUGGCAAACCGCGCUCCGACAGCGGGCGCGGUAUUUUCGCCUCGCCGAGGCCCACGACUACGCCGCGGCGGCCCAUCUUUGGCGGCGAAUCGCGGCGGAAUUAUCGACGUUCGCGAUUGUCCCCGCCGCCGGGGAGGCCUUAACGCGCGGAAUUCUUUCCACCAGCGCCGCGUGCGGAGUUUGGAUGGCGGAUGGCAUCGCCCCCGGCGGGGAGGAGAGUCCUCUGCCGGGGUGGAUUCACCGCGUUUUGCACAGCCGCCUGCGUGUUUGCCCCGACAAACGUCAAACGCGGCGAAAUCUCGGCGGGGGGAAGGCGCGAGCGGCGGUGUCGACCGCCUCCGGGGCGGCUUUUUCUGUAGGAAUUGCCGCUGUGAAUGAGGAAAAGGAAGAGGUAGAAGAAAGCGAGGAACAUCAAGAAGACGAAGGUGUCGCCUUGGGGAAGGGCGGCGGACUUUCCUCGUCGCGGGAGCGGACCACGCCGCGGCAGCUUUCGAUGGUAUAUGCCGCAUUAAUGUCCUUGGCGACGACGCUCGAGCAGGAUUUUGGAUGUCUGGACGAGGCGGUGAAUUUCUACGAGCUCGCAGGGCUGGUUUUAAUCGAGGAAAGCGCACCCUCUCAACGGCGGACGCCAUCCCGCCGCGCGGGGGAUUGCUUUUUAAAUCCCACAGGCGACGUAAAAGCGGAAUCUGACUCGCUCGCCCCUCGAUUUCGCCUAUCAACCGAAAGAGAAGGGAUCAUCUCCACUCGCGAGGUCAAAAAAUUAAGCCCCCGGCGCGGGUUGAGCGACUUUUCCGGGCUAACCAACAGCCUCGCGCAGGGGCUUCGGAGACGCCGACAACGCACCCUUGCAGGGUUGUUCACGCGUUAUGGGAUCGAUCAGCAGCUUCGCCAUAGCGGCAAUGGUUCCUUUUCCUUCUCCUCGCGGCGGGUUCCCGCCCUCUUAGACGAUCAUCCAUGGCGAACGCCCCUCGAAAGCGCCGCGGUGCGUGAGGGGAGGUCGAAGGGAAAUUUUCACAAGGAUCCCACCUCGUCGACGACGCCGGCAGGGGCCUCGCCGCCGAAUCUUCUGACAUGCCUCCGACAAGGGCGAAAUUUUUCUUUUCACGAUGGCAUCAACACGAGCGGUUAUUUAUGGCUUUUUUUGCGUUCAAUGCGGAAAGCAGCUUUGGUAUCAGCAACCCUUGGGGAUUAUCCGCGCGUCUUAUUAUACAUCGAAGCUGCCUCAAAGGCGCUUUCCGAGGAGGCGCAGAAAGCUCAAGAAUUACAAACAACAUCCACUUCGAACGUUUCUGAGGAGGCGAACGCGUCGAGCUUAGAUCUGGAGGGGUUGCUUUCGUUCCGACCCCCUUCAUCGCCGUUGUGGGAAGUUCAAUCACGUGGGGAGAUCACUUUUUGCUUGGAAUUCUUAUCCGUGGAAGUUUUUUUCCUGCUGCUUCGCUUUUUGGUGCUUCUUGUGGUUGAUGAAAGCCAUCUUACCGUCAACGCAAAGCACCCAAGAGAUGGAGACGACGAUGUAAAACGUUGUAGUGGCGGCAAGGCUGCAGAACUGGAGGAGCCCUCUACACAAAGCCAUUUUUCGAAUGAAGAUACCCAACCGCACUGCGGAAAAGGUCCCAUAUCCACUUCUCCCGCCGCGUUAGCGUCUUUAGAGGCGCUGAAAAUCUUAGAAGCAAGGGCUCGAAAAAUCGAGGCGGCAUGCAUAGUGGUGAAUCUCUCACCCGCUUCGUUUGAACCGCUUGCGCGAAACCCGGAGGCGAAGGAGGGGGGGUCGGAAGAAAAGACCAUCACGCCGGCAAACCCACCCAACCUUCGAAAAGCCCCACAUUAUGGCUACUUUCCAAUGCCUGCUCGGAUUGGUAAAAUCUCGACCACGCUGACGGGCGGCGGCGACGCCUCCGGGGGCUUUUCUUCGGGCGAAAAGCCAUCGACGAUGGCGGGCGCGAGGGCAGGGAGCCCUGGAGGCGUCGUGCGGGGUGCCGCGUAUAAAAUAUUAAAAGCCCAUGUCCUCGCUGAGGCGGCGGAACCACGGCGGCCGCCGGGCGCGCAUUCGGCGAUGUCGAGCAAGUCCUCGAAGGGGGAGGCGUCCUCUUUAAGCGGGGACGAUGACUUUUCCGGCGAUGGUGGGCUCCCGUCAUUGUUUCGAUGCAGCCAAGAGGGCCCUUCAGGGGAGCGGACGCGGGUCGCGGACUGGGCGAAAUGCCAUGGCGGCUCUGUGAGUGGCCGCAAGGCGGUAGUCGAGCUUAACCGCGCUGUGGAAAACGGACGCUUCGAAAGGCGAACCUACUGCGAUAUCUUAAAUGAGCUUUUGGGGGUGUUGCGCACUCUUUAUACUCAAGCCACACAGAGCUGCCCUCUUGCUGGGUUGUUUGUCGAGCAAGUUGCACCUCAGGAUGAGGGUAGGGAGGGAAUGACGAAUAAUCACGGCGGGGAUUCCUGGAAUAUCGAUCAUCGGUUUAACGAAGGAUGUCCAAGCGUUAAACUGUGUGGGGACUGUACUGCUAGCUUAGGGGAGGGCUCUGCGUGUGAUUACUCAAGAGCACCGAGUAGGGUAACCAAUGAUCACACUGAAAAUAUUCCUAGAGUGAGUGCUUGCACGUCAUCUACACACAAUGAUUAUUUACAGCGUAUGAGAGAGGCAAGAGAGAUCCUUACGCGGCAAAUGGAUAAGCUUGAGGAUCUUUUGGUUUAUCUGGGGUUGCGCAAUAGGGUGUUUUUGAUGCUGAUGCGUCGAUUACAGCGAAAAUGGUGUUAUCCUAACUUUUCCUCGACCCCUUUCACGUUUUCAUCAUCCCAUCGAAAUGAAAAGAAAGCAUAG